AUGAGUGCCUGGCGACUAUCCUCUGGGGGGUCAUUACCCCCCGAGCCCGUGGUGGACGAGCCCGUGGCGAUAGAUGAGCCCUACAAGCAUAAAAGGCUCGAGCGUCCGACGACAGUCCGACUCAUCAGGAUCAUGCGCGAAAAGAUAAAUGGCGACAUCGCGUGCACGAUCUUCCAGGCCAGUAGGGAGCAGGUACCUGUCGAAAGGUACGAGGCUCUCUCAUACCUGUGGGGAGACCAAAGUCCAACGAGGCGGAUAUACCUUCAAGACAACAACGAGGGGUGGCGGCCUUUUGCGCUCCAUGAGAAUCUGUGGAAAUUUCUAGACCACGCCUGGCGAAAAGGAAUGUUUCGCACAUCCUUCUGGACCGACCGUCUCUGUUUGGACCAGAGUAACCACGACGAGGUCGCACAGCAGGUCUUGUUGAUGGGUGAAAUUUAUUCAAAGGCAGACCACGUUGUGGUUUGGUUGGACAUUUCGCAGUACGAUCUUGAAUUGAUACUGAAGGCCUUAGAAUGGGACAACCGCCUCGACCUCGGCGAAAAGGCGUUCCGGUCUGAACGUCUCCGUCUGAUACGAGACCACCAACGCCGCAAUCUGGGUUCGGAUCCUUUGUUCAGCUAUACCACUUCACGAGACUUGGAUCCGAUGUCCCAUUCUCCCACUCCGCAAGACUUGGCAUCCGAACUAGAGCUGUCAAUGCAUCAUGAGCGCGCUGCGAUAUUUAAAGUAUCUAACGACAGAGAGGAAACGUUCAGACUUGCGAUACGUCGUUUGUCGCUGAAUGAUUACUGGCUCCGUGUCUGGAUUGUCCAGGAAGUAGUCAAGGCCAAUGACGUUGAGGUUAUGACCGAGAAGUUUUGCCUUACUCUGGAUAAAUUACUUCAUCAUUUCGCCGAGUUCCGUGACGAUCGCGGAGCAUGCUCUUUUGUAUGGGAGAUAUGGGAUAUGCGGAUGUCUGAUGGGAUCUACCCAUUGUGGAGAUUGCUGAGAGAAUUUUCCAACCGCGAGAGCAGCCGCCCAGCCGACCUUGUAUAUGGUUUUCUCGGGAUGGUGGCCGACCCUGAUGAUGGGUCGUCUUCUGUCACGAAUAUCUCGGUCGACUAUGCGAAACCAGCCUCACACGUCUUGCUCGACGCAAUAUUUGAGUCAUCGCCUCCACUAAUACAGUACGGACACAGAACAAAAUCUCUGCUGCUACGGCACCUAGAAAACUACAACUUUCUAGAAGAGUACAUCAAGAGCAGCCGCACGUCGCAAAGACAUUCUGGUUUUGCAAGGCUUGCCCGUCAUGUGUGGGAAGUCGUCGAGGCCAUGAUCGCAGUACUGGGAGAUGUCAACGAGGAAGAUCUGGAUCAGGCAGCCCUUGAACUCUUCCGAGGCGAGGAAUGGGAACUCUUGCGACACGAUGAAUGGACACCGGCCUUGCACCAGAACGGCGCUAUCAUGGGUCUCGUCUUCGCCAGCUACCGCUACGGCAAUGCACCGCGUCAGCGUCCGCAGAAUGGCCGUACUAGGCUCGAGGUGCCGUCACCAUGGAGGUGCGCGGCUCAUAUGCAUCGAAUUCCACACGAUGAGAGAAGAACGAGGACCGUGGAAAGGAUCGCAGAUCUACAGUCUAAGUGGUAUUCUUGGGACACACAACUAGCGGCAACAAUCUGUGGAGAGAAAUCCGAGUCCUGCGACUUUUCGACCAUGGCGUUCGACAUUCCAGAUGUCGGUUUUCGUCUGCUACUCGAGACCGAUAUGAAUGGUUGCCUAGAGGCGAGAUGGCGCCUUCAGCUGGACAAAACAAAGACAAAGGGAGCGGCAGGGGCAGAUGUGCAGAAGGCAGAAGGCAAGCUACGUGAAGAGCGAGACAUUUGGAAAGAGGUGUUUGAAGGAAUCAAAGAGAAACGCCCAAAGCUUAUUGCUUGA